GAAGUGGGAGGGCAGAGGAGCAAGGUCGCUGCAGCAGGAACAGCAGUGGGAGGUUCUGGCUGAGCUCCUCCGGCAGAGCUGCCGCGCCAGCCACAGCACACAGGACUGGGCUGCAGGAGCAGCAUCAGCAGCACCAAUGCCAUCACCGCUCAAGCUCAUGACUGACCGAGCCUUUGAUGCCUUCACUCCAAAGGGCGUCGUUAUUUCCAAAAGAGAGAAGCCUGGACAGGUCUACCAGAAAGAAGAUGACCUGCCAAAAGGUCUGCCAAAAGAAGCCACAGUUCUUGGAACCAUCCAGAUCCUGUGUUUCCUGGUGAUUUCAAGUUUGGGGCUCAUUUUGGUUUAUGCUCCCAAUUCUCCCCAGCUCAGCCCAGCAAUUUCCACCAUUCUGAUGUCUGGGUACCCGUUUUUAGGAGCUCUGUGUUUUGCCAUUACUGGAACCCUCUCAAUUGUCUCUGGAAAAAAGUCAAGUGAGACUUUUGCCAUAAACAGCCUCACCUUCAGUGCAGUGAGCUCUGUGGCUGCUGGAGCGGGCUUCAUUCUCCUCACUGGCAGCCUGGUAACGCUGAGGACGGCCUCCCAGCAGUGUGACUCCGGAAGGGAUUACCUAUCCUCACUGCCUUAUUCGACCUACUAUUACUCGGUAUAUGACGUCGAGGACUGUCUCCUGGCCAGUGUCGGUCUAACGGGUGUCCUGGUGGUGAUGCUCACCUUCACGGUGCUGGAGCUCUUAGCAGCUGCGUACGCGUCUGUCUUUUGGUGGGAAAGGUCUACUGCAACAGCCCGGCGUUCAUCCAGUCGAACAGGAAGAGCUGGGGCACUGGAGUCAACAUGCGUGCAUUCCGAUGGGUGAGCCGAGUAAUCAGGACCUGCUGCAUAACACAGGGACUCCGCUCCUCCGGGGUGGCGGAGAGGGGGCGUGCGCGGACGGCUGCCUCGCUCUGCUGUGCUGCCGAGCAGCAGAGACUAACACAAUGCGGCAAAGCAGCUAAGCUCCACUAAAGAACAGGAAGAAGAGAGGACGUGUGAUCUUGAGCCAGUGUGAGCCGGCUGAGGCGUGCGGUUUUGCAGGCCCUGCUUCUGCAGUGUUUUCAUGCUCACAUGGCUUACAUUUUAAACAUCAGAGAUUCCAAGAACGUUCCAAUUAAAAAAUACUUCUAAAA